CUUGUGAGAACAUUGGUCACUAAUUUUCUUGGACACCUUUUAUAGAUAUAAUGUGCGCGAGACGCGCGACAAUCAAACCUGUACUAUUCGAUUCGUUUGAAAACGCGUUGUUUUUCCUUAACAUCUUGCGCAGUUUUCUCCCUCUCCCUCCUCUUGAUUUUCUAAUUUAAAGGUCUAAUAAUUUUUCAUUCUUUAUAAACACUUUUGUACCAGCAAACAGCCAUGGGAAUUACCGGCUUACUCCCACUUUUGCGCGAAGCCCAGCGUUCCGGCCACGUGAGGGAAUUCUCAGGGCAAACUGUCGGCGUCGACUCCUACAUCUGGCUUUACAAAGGAGCUUUCGGCUGCGCCUCCGAGCUUGCACUGAAUCAACCAACCACCAAAUACAUAGCGUUCUUCAUGACCCGCGCCCGCAUGCUGCGUCACUACAACAUAGAGCCCUACUUUGUCUUUGACGGCGGCCCACUUCCUUCCAAACAGCACACAGAGCUGGAACGCAAUCGCAGUCGCACAGAGAAGCGGCAGCAGGGGUUAAAGUUUUGGAACCAGGGGAAUAAGAAGAAAGCUUAUGAGUUUUUUACUAGGAGCGUGGAGGUUAUGCCGUGGAUGGCAAAGGCGGUUAUUGAUGAGUUGAAAAAGGAGGGAUUUCGGUAUUUGGUUGCUCCGUAUGAGGCUGAUGCUCAGCUGGCGUUUUUAGAGACUCGGCGUGUUAUUUCUGCCUGCAUAUCGGAGGAUUCUGAUUUGGUCGUUUUCGGCUGUCGCAAUGUUAUUUUCAAGUUGGAUCAGUAUGGCGAGGCGACUAUAUUUGACCGCUCCUUGUUAUCGGGUGUCAAGGCGGUGGAUAUUAGUGGGUGGAGUGAGGAAAAGAUACGUCAUAUGUGCAUUUUGUCCGGAUGCGAUUACGCCGCGUCCAUCCCCGGGGUGGGUCUGAAGAAGGCUCAUAGGUAUGUCAGUCGGUCGACGGGGCUGGAGAGGGCCGUUGGGCUGAUGCGCGAUGACGGGUUCGAUGUUCCAGAGGGCUACCUAGAAGAAGCCGUCCGGGCCGACCUAACCUUUCGGUACCAGCGCGUCUAUGAUCCAGAUACUAAGUGCAUAGUGCAUGUGACAGAGUCCAGUGUGGGAAUGCCAGAUGUCAGAGAGAUGGCGUUUGUGGGCGGCCAUUUGGAGCCACAUGUGGCCGAAGGUAUUGCCAUGGCCAGAAUCGAUCCCAUCACCCAGGCUCCGUUUGAUCAGCACCCUAGCAGUGCCACAGUAACAGGAACCCUUAUCGCUGGGUUGUCGAAUGCGUUCCCCGUGUGUGCAGAUACCGCGUCAAGCUUAAUCUCGCCGUUAUUGAAUCCGCCACAGGGUGCCUCAAAGCCUACUUUAAGAGCCAAAAACUUGCUCAGCUUCUGGGCUAAACCCAAGCCUGUCGUAAUCUCUGCCACUCCGUCAGCCUCGCCUUCGCCCGUUCUCAUUGUGGACGACAAGGAGGAGGGCGUGCAGGUCAAAUUUCGUGCCCGCGACACUAGCACCAGCGAGGUGGUGGCGACGAGUCAACAGAGCCGCUUCUUUUCGGGUAGUGUAAAGGCUUCGUCAUCACCAACCAAAGCUGCUGACAUAACUAAAACAGCAACACCCAAAAGGCUUGCUGCCGUGCCGAUUUUGUGGCCAGAAACGCCGAUCAGUUACGUGGACUCGCAGUCACAACAUCUGACACAACAGCAGCAGCAGGACGACGACGACGAUGUUUUGCUGCUGACUCCAGCGGAGAUUGACGAUAUGUGUUCAGAGGUCAUCGGCUUUGAUCAGAUAUGCGCAUCGUCCUUUUUAGAGUCGCCGACCACGGCGACAUUGGCAAACUACGAGGAGAAACACAACGAAGGUGCGUACUAUCUGUUUGACCAGUUAAUGAGUCCGCAGCAGCGAAGCGUACCACACUGGGUUGCCAAUCCAAUCUACACAGAAAAACGUUAAUUACGAACUAAAUAUCAUUUUUACCACUUUUGUAGAUAUCCGCAGGCAGAACAUAGUCACACCCACGAUGUCACUGAGGUCGAGAACAUUCACACGGCAACAGCCUUUAAAGCCGAUACAGGCGCCGAUUUUGCAAAUGGGGAGGCGGAUUUCAAGCGAUCACCCGAGUCUGUCUGAUCGGACCAAUAGACCACUACCGCCACCAGUGAUUUCGCUGUCAACGACGCCGCUGUCUGCCAAACGCAGGCUAGAUGGGUUUGUCGAGAGCGUCAAGCGGUUCCGCAUGGAUGCUGCAACGCCUGUUAGCCACAACUUGACUGUGCUGAACAAGAGAAGGCCCAUUGUGGUUGACGAUAUUGUUGACAUCAGCGACAACGAAAGGGAAAACGCAAAUUGCGUUGGUUGACACAUUUUAUAUAUAUAUAUUCUAUGCAUUUUGUUAUUGUUGAUAAAGCAAAACCAAAUAAUAAUGAUGAUGUUGAUGUUGAAAAAA